AUGAAACAGUUGCAAUCUUUUCAAAAUCGCUUUGCAAAAAGGAUUUUGAAAGCAAAAGUGAUGUCAGCUGAGGCCCUGACAUUGUUCCAGUGGGACCCAACUGCAUGCGAGGCAUGUCAGUAAUCAAUAUUGUCUUGAACAAGAUGUAUUGAAGGGUGAGAUCCCUGAACAUCUCGAUGUGUUCAGUUCUACAAUGAGCCAACAACAUGGUUAUGAUUAUACCCUAAACAGCUACAUGUCCAAAGUGAGCAGGCCAAGAGGGGAAUGGGGCAAAAACAAAACAUAUUAAUGCAAUCAACCAUUGGACCUUACUUCUGAGUGAGGUCAAGAGACUGAUGCCAUAAACGAUUUUUAAAACACAAACUGAAACUUUUUCUAUGGAACAAUUUAAACUCUAGAUAGUAUUUUAAUCUUAGUUCUUAGUUUUAAACUUUAGUUUGUAGUCUCAGUCUAUAGUUUUAUGGUUUUUUUUUUAAUUUCUAUGAGGACCCCCUGAAAACCAUGUCUGGGUGAUUGGUGGCCUCUUUUUAAAAUAUCAUUUGCUUUUUAUAUUUUCUUGCAAGUAGCAGAUUUAAAUCAUUAUCUUGAAGAAACUGGAAUAAAAGAGAAAAACAAAAAGCAUGCACAGAAAAUUUCCAUGCAAAACAGCAGGAGGAAAAACUAA